GGCCCAUCUCUAUCUCUCUCUCUCUCUCUGCAGAAAACACAGACCAGAGAGAAGGAGAAGAAGGGGAAGAAGGUAUCAAUGGAGAUGAUGAUGACAGGUUUGGUGGUGGUAUUAAUGGCAUGCAUAUGCUCGGCUUUGCUGAGAUGGAACGAGAUGCGUUACGCCAAGAAAGGGCUCCCUCCAGGCUCCAUGGGAUGGCCGCUCUUCGGCGAAACAACCGACUUCCUCAAACAUGGCCCCGACUUCAUUCUCCUCAAACGCUCUCGGUUUGGGAGUUUCUUCAAGUCGCACAUUCUUGGGUGUCCAACGAUUGUGUCGAUGGACGCGGAGCUUAACAGAUACAUUCUGAUGAACGAAUCAAAAGGGUUAGUCGCAGGUUAUCCAAAGUCAAUGCUCGACAUCCUCGGCCCAUGCAACAUAGCCGCGGUCCAUGGCUCGAGCCACCGGCUCAUGAGAGGCUCCCUGUUAGCUCUGAUUAGCUCUACGAUGAUCAGAGACCAUCUCUUGCCCAAGAUCGAUUCCUUCAUGAGGCGCUAUCUUAGUCGUUGGGAUGAGUUCGAGGUCGUUGAUAUCCAGGACAGGACCAAACAUAUGGCGUUUUUGUCGUCAUUGACACAAAUUGCGGAAUCAUUAAGCAAGCCAGUGAUUGAAGAAUUCAAAAGUGAGUUCUUCAAGCUCGUUCUCGGAACUCUAUCUGUUCCGGUCAAUCUCCCCGGCUCGAAUUACCGCUGCGGAAUUCAGGCAAGAAAGAACAUAGAUCAACUGCUGAGGGAACUGAUGCAAGAGCGGAGAGCCUCUGGAGAAACUUUCACCGACAUCCUCGGUUACUUGAUGAGGAAGGAAGAUAACCGAUACCUGCUAUCGGACGAAGAGAUAAGGGAUCAAGUCGUGACGAUCUUGUAUUCGGGUUACGAGACUGUCUCUACAACCUCCAUGAUGGCUGUUAAGUACCUCCGCGAUCAUCCCAAGGCGCUUCAGGAAAUCAGAAGAGAACACUUGGCCAUUAGACAGAGGAAAGGUGAGGAUGAGCCGCUCGAUCUUGAAGAUGUGAAGUCGAUGAAAUUCACUCGUGCUGUGAUAUUUGAGACAUCAAGAUUGGCAACCAUUGUUAACGGUGUUCUUAGGAAGACAACCCAUGAUUUGGAACUCAACGGGUAUAUAAUUCCAAAAGGAUGGAGAAUAUACGUAUACACGAGGGAGUUGAACUACGAUUCCAGUCUGUAUCAAGAUCCAUUCACAUUCAAUCCGUGGAGAUGGACGAAAAAGAACAUGGAAUCACAGAACUACUUCUUUCUGUUUGGAGGGGGAACCAGGCUUUGUCCUGGCAAGGAGCUGGGCAUCGUCGAGAUCUCCUCGUUCCUUCACUACUUCAUAACCAGAUACAGGUGGGAGGAGAUUGGAGGAGAGAAACUAAUGGUGUUUCCAAGAGUUUUUGCACCUAAAGGAUUCCAUCUCAAGGUUACAGCUUGCUGACUUUGCUUGCCAAACCUUAGAGAAGUUAGAUAUGUACAGAUAAUUAAGAAAGAAAGAGAGAUUAUAUAUAUAUAUA